ACACAAGGAGUCCUACUCGGGCUCGGCGACAGUCUGGGGUGGGUUAAAGCGGAGGCCUGGGAGAGGGAGCAAGGCCACUCCAGGCAGCAUCCCUAGAUCUCAGCGAGGCCGCUCCAGGCAGCAGGAUUUGACCAGAGCAAGGAGGAAGGCCAAGGCGGCCAGGACGGAUGCAGCAUCCCUGAGGAGUGACAGUAAGGAUUCACAUUUGGGUUAUUUCAAGAUGAGCUUCCUACUGCCCAAGCUGACUAGCAAAAAGGAAGUAGACCAGGCGAUAAAAAGUACUGCUGAGAAGGUGUUGGUUCUCAGGUUUGGGAGAGAUGAAGAUCCUGUCUGUCUGCAGCUAGAUGAUAUUCUUUCUAAGACCUCUUCUGACUUAAGUAAAAUGGCUGCUAUAUACCUGGUAGAUGUGGACCAAACUGCAGUUUAUACACAGUAUUUUGACAUCAGUUAUAUUCCAUCUACUGUCUUUUUCUUCAAUGGGCAGCAUAUGAAAGUGGAUUAUGGCUUCUGUCUGCAGUGGAGAAGAUCCAGCCCUCAGAAGCAUAAAAGCUGUCCGCAGAACCAGCCCUGCAGGUACUUUAGGAGAAAAGCCAGUCAACUCCUAGUAAUAACAGGGAGAGCCAUAAUGCAAGCCAUUCCUAGUGGAAAAGUUGAGAAGGAAGAACAGCUUAUUCCAGACCAGUGAAAUUGAAAUUCCCAUGUGGAACAACAUAAGAGGAAAGAGGCCUUCCCUUACAAAGUUGGACAGCCCUCUCACAUGGCAAUUUGGCAGUAAGUAUCAACAUGUUCAGUGUGUAUAACCUUUGCCCAAGCAGUACCACUUCUGGGACUCUACAGAAAUUCUACCAGAAGACCACAAAGAUACAUAAGCCCUGAGCACUGAAGCACUGUCUGAUGUGAAAACCUGAAAAUAUCCUUUGUGUUUCCCAUAAGCAAACAUUGAUGCAUUUAUGCCGUGAAAAGAGCUGUUAGAGUAAGGCCGAUCUGAGGGAUGAAUAUUGAUGUAUAUCAUUAUGAUGACACGUGAGAAAAGUAAGUCACAGAACAGGAUUAGCUUACUGCUUAUAUUUAACUGAUAUGAAAUUGGCAAGCAAAGACAAUUAUGCACUCCACACAAGAGUGAGUGAUGUAAAUAACAUUUGGAAUUCUGCACACCCUUCCACCAUCCUUGGUCCCAGAGGGAGACACGGGCAUCAUCAGUCUCCCAGGUUUCCCAGCAUUGAGAGCUGCUCUGGUGUCUGAGUGUGGCUUCCAGCAUUAAGAAAAAUAGGUAUCCUUGGGCCGGGCGUGGUGGCUCACACCUGUAAUCUCAGCUCUUUGGGAGGCCAAGGUGGGUGGAUUGCCUGAGGUCAGGGGUUCGAGACCAGCCUGUCCAACAUGGUGAAACCCCGUCUCUACUAAAAAAUACAAAAAUUGGCCAGGCACGCUGGCUCAUGCCUGUAAUCUCAGCACUUUGGGAGACUGAGGCGGCCAGAUCAUGAGGUCAAGAGAUCGAACCAUCCUGGCUAACACGGUGAAACCAUCUCUACUUAAAAUACAAAAAAACUAGCCAGGCAUGGUGGCAGGCGCCUGUAGUCCCAGCUACUCGGGAGGCUGAGGCAGGAGAAUAGUGUGAACCCGGGGGGCGGAGCUUGCAGUGAGCUGAGAUCGCACCACUGCACUCCAGCCGGGGCGACAGAGCAGGACUGUCUCAAAAAAAAAAAAAAAAAACCACACACACACACACACACAAAUUAGCUGGGUGUGGUAGUGGGCACCUGUAAUCCCAGCUACUUGGGAGGCUGAGGCAGAAGAAUUGCUUGAACCCGGGAGACAGAGGUUGCAGUGAGCUGAGCUCAUGCCACUGCACUCUAGCCUGGGAGACAGAGCGAGACUCUGCCUCAGAAAAAAAAAAGGAAAGAAAGAAAAACAGGUAUCCGCACACCACAUGGCCCCUGAAUGCAAGACAACUCCUUAUCCUGGUGCUCAAGCAGCCUCUUCCAGCUGUGCUGAGACAGAAUGUCAGUCUCUCAAGCCAGGCGCGGUGGCUUGCACCUGUAAUCCCAGCACUUUGGGAGGCUGAGGCGGGUGGACCAAGAGGUCAGGAGUUCGAGACCAGCCUGGCCAAUAUGGUGAAACCCCAUCUCUACUAAAAAUACAAAAAUUAGCAGGGCACAGUGGCAUGCACCUGUAGUCCCAGCUACUCUGGAGGCUGAGGCUGAAGAAUCCCCUGAACCCAGGAGGCGGAGUUUGCAGUGAGCUGAGAUCAUACCACUGCACUCCAGGCUGGGCGACACAGCGAGACUCCGUCUCAAAAAAAAAAAGGCAGUCUUCCGUGGAGAACCUUCCAAGGGCCGACUCUUCCCUCUUCUCCUCCACCCCUUCCUUUCCCUUUCCUGAAUUGUUCAGUCCUGAAGCUAUUAGGUGGGGCAGAGCAAGGUAGAUGCCUGUAGCAUGGGAAAGGGAGGGCAGAUGACUUACAGAGAGCAUCAAAGCCCAGAGAGAACGAGGAGGGUGUCCAGAGUAUGUGCGCUGGCACCUGACGUGGCAUGUCGGAGCCCAGGCUGAGGAAAGUGACCCCGCAGGGGUCUGGCCAGCACGUGGUUGCUUUUGCCCAUUCCCAUUUCUCCUUCAGUGCACUGCUCUUCCUGGAGUAACAACGAAUCCGGAGAAGCAGAAGGCAAUGAGCCGGCUUUUAGAGCAGCCAAGGCUUGGUCCAUGGCAGAACCAUUCAGCACAACAUGCUCUAUGACCACACCGCCGGGCUCGAGCCCAGCCAAGCAGCCUCCACGCAGGGGGACUGGACAAUCAGCCGCCUCUCUGCCCAUUUCCUCAUCCUUAAAGAGGAAACGUCAAGCCCUUGGCACAGCGUCCAGCCCACAGUCAGUGUUCAGUGGACAUGAGCUGCCUUCAGGGCAGCUCUGUCUUCAGGCCUCACAGGGUAGCUUUCAACAGGCAGAGCCAGAGGAGCUGGGGAUGUCCCCUCUGUUGCUGUCUCCACGGUGGGAAAUGGGCAGCUUGAAAACCUGAUAGGAGCAACUUGGCUCUAUCACAAUGUGAAACAUGCUAGCCCCUCAGCCCAGCUGUCACGCCCCUUGGACCCUGCUCUGCACCGACACCAGAACGAAGGCACAGGCACAUUCACAAGGUGUUCACGGAGGCACCGAUGGUGAUAGGAAAACGCCGGAAGUUAGCGAUGUGAUCACCAACAGGGGACUGGGUAAAUAGACCCCACUCAAAACACGGAGGCCCAGCAUGAACCAUGCCACAUAAGAAUAGUGAAGAAAGUAAACGGCAGAAUUCUAUUUGUGGGAUGAUGUCAUUUGUAUGAAAACGUAAAGUAACUAAACAGAUAACAGUGUGCAUUCCAUCCAGAAAUCGGUAUAAAAAAAAUACAGCCACAUGUAUGUCUGAGUGUAUGUACAAAAUGAACAUUUUUAUGCAGGGGAAAUGUCUGGGAGGACAGACAGAAAGGCAUGUCUGCAGAGUGGGGUGAGGAGGAACAGGAAUGUUUACACUUCAAGAGUGCUGUACCGUUUGAAUUGCUAGUAAAGAAUGCAGGUCAAUUUUAUAAUCAAAAAACUAACAUCAGGAUGCUUAGGAGAUACAGACUGAAACACUGAAGAAUAAGGCACCAAUGACUCAGCAAUAAUAAAUACAUAAGACGUGAAUAUUUUAUCCAUGUUAUAGAGAAAGGGACGGAGAGAAAUGGGAAAAUUUGUUUGUUUUGUGUGUGACAGAGUCUUGAUCUGUCGCGCAAGCUGGAGUGCACUGGUGCAAUCUUGGCUCACUGCAACCUCCGCCUCCCAGGUUCAAGCAAUUCUCCUGCCUCAGCCUCCCGAGUAGCUGGGAUUAAAAGUGCCUGCCACAAUAUCUGGCUAAUUUUUUGUAUUUUUGGUAGAGACAGGGUUUCACCAUGGUGGCCUGGCUGGUCUCCAACUCCUGGCCUCAGGUGAUCUGCCCGCCUCGGCCUCCCAAAGUGCUGGGAUUACAGGCAUGAGCCACCACACCCCACCCUUAUGUUUGAAAUAUUUUUAAAAUAAAGUUUAAAAUAUUAAAUAAACAAAAAUAAAGAUCAAAUGAAAGACAGUCAAGUUCCUGGGAAGCCCACUGCAGAUGCAGAUAGCAGAGGCCUGGAUGGACCUGCAGUAUCUUGGCAGGGCCUAUGGCAAAUCAGAAAGGGCUUAGCGUUGAAACCCAGGUUCUAAAUGGCUUUAUUUUUUCCAUGACUGUUUCCUCCUAAUAUUCAAUGUCCUUGCAAGACUGAUGGAUCCUAGGGUUUGAAUCCACAAAGAAUCAAAAAUGCAGUUUAUGGUCUGACCAAGGGACUGAAGAAAGCCUGCGGUUGAUCUUGGUGACCCCCCGAUUGGCGUUUACAGUGCAGCCAUGCCAUGGCUGGGGGACAUGGCUCAAGAUGGAGUCCCUCCUCUCAUGAUCCAGCCACAAAGGCUUGCCUCAGUCCUUGGGAAGGUUCCAGAUCAGGCUUCCCGUCAGACACUGUCCUCACCUCCGAUGAUCUGCUCCAAUGGCAUCUGUGACUCUGCCAAAGCCCUGCUCUCUGGAAAAAGAGCAAACAAAGCAAUUUCAGCAAACAGUGGAGGACAGGCCCUGCUCUUACAGGAAGCCCACGUUCACCCAGAAACGCAUCAUCCCAGCCCAGGCACAUCUGGUUUCCUCUACACUCUUCACCCAGAGACCUAGGGAUAUUUCUACCCAGGUAGGAACAGAGCAGGAAGGAAAAUACUUUUAAGUAUUGACAGCUCCCAACAUUGAACCAGUGUUGCUUAAUUAAUGGGAAUGCUGAUGGGAUUCCUCAGGCUCCCCUCCCUUGAGCAAAUGGACAACUCCACCUUAGAAACACCAUUGCCUUGGAGGUUAAUCCUCAGUUCUCCUUGGCACUGUUUGUCCUUCAUCAAAAGAGUAACCCAGAAUUUCUCUCCCCUUCAGAGUGUACCCCUCAACUCCUUUUUGAAUGAAUAAGAAACAGAUCAACAGUAUCUCGUUGACUUGAGUGAUCUAAAUGAACCUCUGCCUAACUUCUGUUUCAAGCCACACAUGACCUCACUCACUUCAGAAGGGCCUCCAGUUCCCGCUUGACUUUGCCCACAACGGGUGGCCCCCAGAAGGUGAGGGCCGUGUACAGCUGCACCAGGGAGGCCCCUGCCCGGAUCUUCUCCAGCGCGUCCUGCCCGCUGCUCACACCACCAACCCCAAUUAUGGGAACUCGGCCUACAGAGAAGCACAUGGCGACACCAUAAAGAAGGAUGUGGCUUCAGCCCCAGAGUCCCCCACAAUCAAGGCAGAUUAGGGAAUGAUGAUUCCCAUCACGACCCAGGAGCCCAAGCCACACGCAGAUCUGAAGACACAAACACGGGAAACCUUGCCUUGGGUGAGUGCAUACAUCUCCCGAAUGGUUUGAGUUGAUAAAUCCCGGAGGGGCUUCCCACUCAGCCCUCCUGUUUCAGAGCGCAGGGCACCCUGGAGGCCCGCAGGGCGACUCACGGUGGUGUUCGUAACAAUCAGCCCAUCGAUGCCCAACUGCAGUGUGAGACAGAGAAAAAGCCAUGAGUCAUGGCACCGAAGGACCCAGAGGCGCUUCUCUGGAGGUCGAAGGCAGCAGCCGGGCCAGGUACCCACACCUACAGCCCCCAAAGCAAGAGCUACACCAGACCUCACUACUCAUCUUUUCCUCAACAAGUUUUAGAAUGAGCCAUAACAUGACGACAGCAGCCAUCACACGCUGACCACCCACAACAUUCCCCUAGGACAGGGUCCAGUCCUUACAACAACCCAAUUACAGUGUCUUGUCUGAGGCCCCCAGGUAGUAAGUGGUGGAACCAGGAUUUGAACCCACGAUGGCCAGGCUCAGUCUGUUUCCACUACUCUCCUAUGCCACAGAGACCCGCUGUCCAGACAGGCUGGAGAGAGGAGUGACAGAAAGAAUUUUCAGUCCCAGCCAAGACUGGCCAAGGAGCCAAGCUCAAGCCUUAACCUUGCUAGAUGCAGUUGAGGAAAGAGAGGAAGAGGCAUUAGAAAAACUCCUUCAAGCACUUAUUCCAACAUUCGCUUUUGACUACAGGGUGAGUUACACCAUGACACACACCAAACCAGCCUUGAAUACCAAGGAGAGGAAAUCACAAAGAACGCCAUUCUGGGCUAGCCCAGCUGGCCAAACGGCCUCUGCAGACCAUGGGAGGCACACCCUGGGCCCAGGCCCCGACUCAAACCUCUUUGACCACGCUGGCAAUGUCCUCCUUGUCCUGGCUGGUGAGGUCAGGAGCGAUCUUCACCAGGACUGCCGGCCUGUGCACUCUCUGCAAGCCAUCCCUCUCCUGCAGCACCUAGGGCGACAUACGGCCAGAGCUGGGGACCCCGCAGACCACAGCCCCACAGUGCAGCUGUGACCUACGCUGCAGGUCAGUGGGUUUCCACAAUAGCGAUCAAACUAAAGCAGAAACAAUUUCUUUUCAGGAAAGCCAGCCCUCAGACAUGUGAGGAGCACAGUCGAGAUGGAUCCGAUUCCAUUCUUUUAGGCCAAGGGAUCCCGUGGGCAUUGGCUAAUAGCUCAAGGGUGUUUUAGACUUUUCUUUUCUUUUUUUUUUUUUUUUUUUUU